CAACCUGCUGGUGCUGCUGGCGCUGCGCCCCCCGCCCCGCGCCCCGCGGGGUCCCGGGCAGCCCCCGGCCCGCCCGGCGCGGCCGCUCCGCCGCUACCUGCGGCACCUGAGCGUGGCGGACCUGGCGGCGGCGGCGGGGCUGGUGCUGCCGCAGCUGCUCUGGGACCUCACGGACCGGUUCCGCGGGCCGGACCCGCUCUGCCGCCUCACCAAGUACCUGCAGGGCGUCGCCAUGUUCGCCUCGGCCUACGUGGCCGUGGCCAUGGCGUGGGACCGGCACCGGGCCAUCUGCCGGCCGCUGGGGACAGCGCGGGGACAGGGCGGCGGGAGGGGGGCAGGGCG